CAUGGCUUCCCGAAGCCCGCGGGCAAAGAUAAAGCUAUACACAACAGACAGUUAAGUGUAGAAAGACCUUUGGAGGAACAGAUUGCUGAAGCUGAGGCAGACAAGAAUAGGAAAAUAGCUCCCACAGAAAAUAAGCCAGAGUUCAGGAAUUACUCCUUUGUUGAUGACCUGAACCUGCUAAAAUCAGUAGCAGAAAGAGAGAGGAAUGAAAAGGAGAGGGAGUCAAUUAGAAGCUCUUUGUAUGAACAGCAACUGGCCAUUGAUGAUGCAGACUCCACCAAGAACCGCAGGCUUGUGGAUGACUAUGACUCCACGAAAAGUGGGCUGGAUUAUAAAUUCCAAGAUGAUCCAGAUGGCCUCCAUCAAUUAGAUGGCACUCCUUUGACUGCUGAAGACAUUGUUCAAAAGAUUGCUGCGAGAAUUUAUGAGGAAAAUGACAGAGGAGUGUUUGACAAGAUCGUUUCAAAACUUCUAAAUCUGGGGCUAAUCACAGAGAGUCAGGCCUAUACCCUGGAAGAUGAAGUGGCAGAGGUUUUACAACAGCUAAUUGCAAAUGAAGCAAAGGAUCGUGAGAAGGAGUCUGAAGAUUUUGACUACCCUCCAAGCAGAGCAGACAGUGAUACGAAAGAAACGCAACAGGACCGAAUGACACCAAGCAAAGCUGAUAAGGAUAGUUUCAUUAAUGGGGAGAUUGACGAUACACUGGAUAACACAUGGUCAUCAUCUAAUAUCUUGGAAAGAAGAAAUGAGCUGCCUUCUGAAGAUAAUUUCGAAGACCUCCAAUAUUUUCCAAACUUUUACGCACUAUUAAAAGGUCUUAACUCAGAGGCAGAGGCAAAAGAGAAAGAGACCUUGAUAACUAUAAUGAAAACCCUGAUUGAUUUUGUGAAGAUGAUGGUUAAAUAUGGAACAAUCACACCAGAAGAAGGAGUUUCCUAUCUGGAAAACUUAGAUACAAUGAUAGCUGAGCAGACAAAGAAGAAGCUUGAGAACCCUUCCACUAAAACCAGAAAAAAGCUACCAGCAGACAAGAGUAGUGAAGAAGCAGACAGUACGAAGGAAGAAGCAGCUAAAAUGGAAAAGGAAUAUGAAAUUUCAAAGGAUUCUACAAAAAAUGAAGAACAAAAUGCAGCAGGAAACAGUGAAGAGCCUAGAGGGAAAGCUGAGGCGUAUUUGGAAGCAAUCAGGAAGAACAUAGAAUGGCUAAAAAAACACAACAAACAAGGUAACAAAGAAGACUAUGAUCUUUCAAAGCUGAGAGAUUUCAUUGAUCAGCAAGCUGAUGCUUAUGUGGACAAGGGCAUCCUGGACAAGGAAGAGGCUGAUGUAAUUAAACGCAUAUAUGGCAGCCUGUAAAAAGCCAGUGGCUGCCGAACAUGUAGAAAACUAGUAUAGCUCCCCCCGCUCCCGGCUCACUGACUUAUGAUCUGUUAUUUUGAGGGUAUCAUCAGAAAUGCUCUGUUUACAUUUUACCGACAACUUUCUAGACAGAAAUGAAGAGCUGUAGUGCUCCACACACUGACUGCAUACUGUAUUUUCCUACACUCGCUAAGCAACCCUAAACGCCAAAUUCUGACACUGAAUCUCUAUUUGAUGGAGUAAAUAUUUAUCUGAUGUUCUCUUAGAUUUAUUAUUUGUAUUUGGUUUACUUUUGUAGAUAAACAAAUCAUUUCUGACGGAAAGUUAUUUUCAUGCUACAUCUUUUUGCUCUCCACUAGCUUUCUAUAGAUGCAACUAUGUAAAGGGCAUUAUUAGAAAAUAGUUCAUAGUUCUCUAAAUAAAAUAUUUGAAAAUAA